AAUUAAAAACCUCGCAGAUCAACAGGCGAUUUCGGUGGAUAUGGUGGAUGCCAUUCUUAUGAAGUUGGCUGCCAGCCCCCGUGCUUCGUCGUCCACAUUUGUUACCUGGAAUACGGAGAGCCACGCCAAGAGCGAUGCCCUUCAGAAGGCCGCCCAGAAUGCGGCAGAGGCCCUGGCUAA